AUGGAAUGGGAGAUCUCUGAAAGUUACCGGGCCGCCAAGGAAGCUGCAGUACGCCGCAAGUAUGACCAGUCAGCGCUGUUUUUACGUACCGCUCUUUCGCUAGUUGAACGUCGUCUGAAUGAUAUAUCAACUGAUGAUCCACAUAGAGACCAACUUAUUAAAGUAAAAUCGAUCUUGAAAUUGAAUGUGGAGCGAAUGAGUGGUAUUGCGGAUGUCGUUUCGCAGAUGAGACAAAUGGCCGGUGUGAUAACAUCGUCAUCGCCCGUUGACGCACCACCGAGCGAUCCUGAUGUAUGGCCACUGCCGCCUUUAACGAAGAAGAUAUCGGCCAUUCCGAGUCCAAAAAAUAGCGCUAAAAAGCAGGCUUAUACUCGUGUUGAUAAUAAAACCAAGAAAGGUUUAGUAGGGAAAUCUCCCUUUAUCAACUCAGGAGGUCGCAACAUCACCAAAAGAGCUAACUCAUUAGGACGUGCAUCUGUGAAUGAACUAUCAGAAAUAACCUCGAAGGAAGAAGGAGAGAGUAAUAGCAACGAAAAGGGAGGAAGUGAGAAAGUGUUUGAUGACAGAGGAUUCGACAAGGAAUUGGUAGAAAUUAUUGAACGUGAUAUUAUGCAGAAACGUCCUGAUGUUCACUGGGAUGAUAUUGCUGGUCUCGAUGAAGCCAAGAAACUUUUGAAAGAGGCAGUCAUCUUACCGUCAGUUAUGCCGAAUUUCUUCAAGGGUAUUCGGCGUCCCUGGCGAGGUGUUUGUAUGGUUGGUCCGCCAGGAACAGGUAAAACUAUGCUCGCAAAAGCUGUUGCAACAGAAAGUCAAACGACAUUUUUCUGUGUGUCAUCUGCAACAUUAACUUCAAAAUAUCGUGGAGAUUCUGAAAAGCUUGUGCAGCUUCUUUUCAAAAUGGCUCGUUUUUAUGCCCCAUCAACGAUAUUCAUCGAUGAAAUAGACAGUUUGUGUAGCAGACGAGGUGCUGAUAGCGAACACGAGGCAUCACGCCGAGUUAAGUCAGAACUGUUAACACAGAUGGAUGGUUGUUCACCAGAUGUUUCACGAGUUCUUGUGCUGGCUGCUACAAAUUUUCCUUGGGACCUGGAUGAAGCUCUAAGAAGACGUCUUGAGAAACGAAUAUAUAUUCCACUACCAGAUAAAACUAAUAGAUUUCAACUGUUAAAGUUGGCUCUAGCUGAAGUUUCAAUCGAUGAAGAAGUUAAUUUAGAAAUUGUGGCUGAUUCGCUUGAUGGUUAUUCGGGAGCGGACAUAACAAAUGUUUGUCGUGAAGCAGCAAUGAUGAGUAUGCGUGUACGUAUUGCCAAUCUGACAGCUGAAGAGAUUAAAGCAUUAACGCAAGAAGAGGUUGAUUUGCCAAUUACUGCAAAUGAUUUUUCUCAAGCAAUACAAAAUACAUCACCAUCGGUUUCCUACUCUGAUGUGCAGAAGUAUGAGAAAUGGAUACAUGAUUUUGGUGCGGCAUGA